GGGGUCAUUUUUAUUGUUUCUUUUUUAAAAUAAUAUUUAUCGAUUUGCUCUCCCUUCUCUCCUCUUUUUUAAUACCAGUCUAAUUUAGAGAGAAGGAGAUGGAGAGUUGGGAAACACUAUCCUCUUGGCUAGCAAAAGGAAUACCAUUCAUUGCUGUCAUUUUCAUACAAAUGUCAUCUGCAGCUUUGAACACCAUGACAAAAAUAUCCCUGGACCAUGGCAUGCACACUUUCGUCUUUGUUGUCUAUCGACACGCCAUUGCUUUCAUGGUAAUUACGCCAUUCGCACUUCUAUAUGAAAGGAAAUUAAGACCAAGAAUGACGUUCUCAAUUUUCUGGAAGAUAUUCGUUCUCAGUUGGCUAGAGCCUGUUAUCGACCAAAAUUUAUUCUUUUUGGGGAUGCAUUCUACGACUGCCACAUAUGCCACUGCAAUGGCUAAUAGCAUUCCUGCGCUUACCUUUGUACUAGCUUUCCUUUUAAGGUUGGAGAAGAUAAACCUUAGAAAUAGACGAAGUCAAGCCAAGUUGUUAGGCACUAUAGUCACGAUCUCAGGAGCUAUGGUGAUGACCUUUAUUAAAGGCCCGGUUCUAUUUGGUGUCAUUGGAGAAAACAACAACAAUAAUCACGAUGGAGAUUCACAUGUUUUAUUUGGAUCAUUGCUCGUUUUUACAUCAUGUACGGGUUGUGCCGUCUUUAUAAUUAUACAAGCUAUUACACUAGAGUCUUAUCCAGCAGGACUCUCCUUGACCUCAUUGAUAUGCUUCAUGGGUACCGUAGAAGGCCUAGGAGUUGCUUUUAUGAUGGGAAAAAGAAUCCCUCAUGCAGCUUGGUUGAUUUUCAAGUGGGACAUAAAAUUGAUGUCGGCUAUUUAUGCGGGGGUAGUUUCCUCCGGCAUAGGAUAUUUUCUCCAGGGAGUGAUUAUGAAAGCGAAGGGACCCGUUUUUUUUACCGCAUUCAAUCCAUUAGGCAUGAUAAUGGUUGCUGCGGUGGGUUCCAUAUUGGGGGAACAAAUCCUACUUGGAAGGGCAAUUGGAGCAUUUAUAAUCUGUCUGGGAUUAUUCAGUGUAGUUUGGGGUAAGAGUGGCGAUGAUAAUAACUUGUCACGUGAAAAGGAUGAAGUGAGUUCUGAAGAGUUGAAAGAGGCACACCGUGAAUAUUCAGGAGACAAAAUUACAGAUGAGUUGGUAUAGGUUGAGACCCAAGACAGAUGGACUGCUUAUAUUUAUAUUAAGAGAAGUGAUUUUGAUUAUUUCUAGUGUAGCAGUUAAUAAAGGAAUAAACAAUUUGUAUUACCUUGAUUUAUUUAAUAAUACAUGAAGAUAUUUAUUGCA